AUGCAGCUGCCGACGGUUCUCUCACUGGCUCUCACCAUGGUCUCUCUUGGUGCCUUCGUCCAGGGCAGACCGCUCCCCUGCCCAGAUGAGAAGCGCGAUGACAUCCUCAACGGCAAGGCCAGCCCCGAGAUCUGCUGCUCGUACGGCAUCUGCAAAGGCGAUGUCGUGGUCACUAGCGGCUGA